UUGGGAAGGGAACAGAAGGUUGUUUGCCACUGCUACUGGUCCCCCAUUGCCUUUUCCUGCCAGCUGAGGAGAACAGGAAAGUUGGUGUGUUGCUUCCUAUCCUAAUGGGAUGCGUUUUUCUGAGUUACAAAUAAUCCCAGCUGAGGAGAUGUAAAGCAGCUGGCGUGGGGAAUGUGACCUGUUGUUCGAGCACCGGUCUGUGAAACAGCCCAAAGCAAAAGCCAGGCUUGUAACGUGACUGCCCUCUUGGAAAAGGGACGGAUGGUUGCCAGCGACUUGGACAAUGUGGGAGAGAUCUGGAAAAGACCAAUAGCUGAAUAGACUUAAUAUGUUUCUAUAUGCGAUCCAAUCAGUGGAAGAGGCAAGAAGGCGAGCUACAUGAUAACAGCAGUGCCAUCACAGUCUGUCACUCCAGCGCGGCAGGGCUGGCUGGCUGAGGAGCCUUAUGAUUUCCAGGGAAAACUUACUGCAGUAAUGGGAAGGCAGCGAGGGAGAGGGAGAAAAAUCACUCUGAGAAGUCCAGAGGAUGGCAUAGCAAUAGCAUCACUGUCCGGGGAGCUGGGGUUCUUCCUCGUCUGCCUGCAUGCUGCUUGAACCGAUCCCAAGCUUUUGUUUUUGGACUGAAGAAACCUGAAAACCUUUCUCUCCUAAUUCAUGAGCCAGCAGGAUGUGGUCGCCGUGCUUUCAGAACGCCUGCUCGUAGCUGCCUACAAAGGCCAAGUGGAGAAUGUGGUGCAGCUUAUCAACAAGGGUGCCAAGGUAGCGGUUACCAAGCAUGGCCGGACCCCCUUGCAUCUUGCUGCCCACAAGGGUCACCUCCACGUUGUCCAGGUUUUGUUGAAGGCAGGCUGUGACCUGGAUAUUCAGGAUGACGGCGAUCAGACAGCAUUGCAUCGGGCUGCUGUCGUAGGGAACACUGAUGUUAUAGCAACUCUGAUUCAAGAGGGGUGUGCUUUGGACAGGCAAGACAAGGAUGGGAACACAGCUCUUCAUGAAGCUUGUUGGCAUGGGUUCAGUCAGUCUGCCAAAGUGCUCGUUAAAGCAGGAGCCAAUGUACUUGCCAAGAACAAGGCAGGUAACACACCUCUUCACCUCGCCUGCCAGAAUAGCCAUUCCCAGAGUACUCGUGUUUUGUUACUUGGAGGAUCUCGAGCAGACCUCAAAAAUAAUGCAGGAGAUACCUGUCUGCAUGUGGCUGCUCGUUAUAAUCACUUGCCCAUCAUUAAGGUGCUGCUCAGUGCUUUCUGUUCUGUCCAUGAAAAGAACCAGGCAGGCAAUACGGCACUCCAUGUAGCUGCUGCUCUGAAUCACAGGAAGGUGGUUAAGCUGUUGCUGGAGGCAGGGGCUGAUGCAUCCGUUGUCAACAAUGCAGGUCAGACCCCUCUAGAGGUUGCCAGACAGCACAAUAACCCUGAGGUUGCACUCCUCCUCACUAAAGCAUCACAGGUCUCACGCUUUAACCGUGGAAGAAGCCUGAGGAAGAAGAGAGAGAAGCUGAAGGAGGAAAGGCGAGCUCAGUCGGUACCACGGGAUGAAGUAGUACAGAGCAAGGACAGCGUCUCGCCUGCUGAUGACACACCAAGCAGCGACCAGCCACCACAAAGGAAAAGCGAUCUGAAGGAUGAACCCCGGUCAACCUCACCAGAUCCCAAAGGAAAGAAGAGCAAAAAGAAAAAGGCAAAGGAAAAGGUUUCAGCACUCUCGGACCCCAUCUCCCCAGCCGAUCAGCAGACACUCCCUCGGCCCCAGCAAAACGUGCCUAAGCGCAGAAGUAAACAUCACUGCUCCUCUCCACCCCCUCCCCACGAGGUCCGAGCCUACCAGCUGUACACGCUCUAUAGAGGAAAGGAUGGGAAGGUGAUGCAGGCACCGAUAAAUGGAUGUCGUUGUGAGCCGCUGAUAAAUAAACUGGAGAAUCAGCUGGAGGCAACAGUGGAAGAGAUAAAAGCUGAGUUUGGGACAGUACAAGAUAAGAUGAAUGUUAAGCUGGGCCAGAUGGAAAGCAAAACUCAACAUCAACUCCGUGUUUUAGACAAGCUUAUGGCUGAGCGGCUGUCCGCAGAGAGAACGGAGUGCCUUCACCGCCUGCAACAGCACACUGAGCUGGAAAAAAAUGAGGGGGAGAAGCGGCAGAAUUCCUUGGUUGAUGAGCUGAAGACUUGGUGCAUGUUGAAGAUUCAGAAUCUUGAGCUCAAGCUUUCUGGAGAUUCCAGGUCAUCAAGACCAAAAUCAACUUUGUCCACUUGUGAGUCUCUCACUGAGACCCUGGAUACCGAAAACAACCCCCACAGUGCCAAGGACUGUAAAGCCAACCAGCCCGUGCUGCAGUCAGAGGGCUCCCACCAGCAUUCCUAUACCACGCUCCCAAAUAGCCUCUCAGAAGAUGGAGGAAGAAGUAGAGUCCAGAUGCCAGAACAGAGCUUCGGGCAACAUUUUUGCAUUCAGCAAGAUGGUGCAUCAGGCACAACCUUGUCAGGUACAGAGCAACAGUUAAUUGUUGGCGGACCAGUUUCUUCUGCCCCUGCUCAAGACGUGAGGCCAAAGGACAAAGCAGUUGGUGCCGGCAUGUUCCACAGGUUCCAGCAGGAGCUGCCCUCCUGUGAGCUUUUGGGCUCCAAAUUAAGACAUGUUAAGGUUCAAACUGCUUUGCAGCCCUUGACUGAACCUGCGAAGACUGAACCACAGAGUGGCUACUUCAUUGACAAAGGAACUCAGACAAAGAAGUCCAGCAAAAGCGGGCAGUCAAGGCACAAAGCUCUGCACCACACCGGGGCACAUCAGGGCCAGGAGCAGCAGCCCUCCACUCUGCCUGCAGGGCAGCCGCCUGCCCCUCCACUCAAAGGCACUUCUCAGGCCCUGGAGAUAACACAGUACUUCUUUGAGGCCGUUUCCACACAGAUGGAGAAGUGGUAUGAACGGAAGAUAGAAGAAGCCCGGUGCCAAGCUAACCAGAAGGCACAGCAAGACAAAGCUGCACUCAAGGAGCAUAUCAAGAGCUUAGAAGAGGAGCUCAGCAAGUUAAGGACUAAGGUGCAGAAAGAGAGCUAGCAUCUACCAAGCAGAUUAAUACAAGCAAUGGGACUCAUUUUGGAACCUGCUGUACGGGAAUCUGGAAUAUCGAUAGAUAUCUAUAUAUAUUUGUAGUGCCUGUUAUAACCAAACAAAAUGCUCUUUUUUCAGGAGCAGAAGUAACUUUGGAAACUCCAGAACUGAGGAGAAUUCAUAUGCAGACUAUACUGAUCACAAUGAGAUGCUGCAGAUUACAUCCUUUGUUAAUUUCCAAAAGUCUGUUAAAUGUUGCACUCUCCAUUUCCAGGUGCUGCUUGGAAGACAAACUGCAUUAGAAACCAAAACUGUUAUCUGAAGAGGGAAUUUCCUUAUUUCCACAUAGGUCAUGUGUGGCUAGAGGGUUCUACUGUAUGCUACAUGCAAACACACAGCGAUGUCAAUACCAAAAUAAAUCCAGGAUGUUUGAGAACUUUGGACAGAAAUUCCUUCGUGAUGAAGGGCUAGUGAUACCAUUUCAGAUAUUCCCCACCACCUCUCUUUAGUGAGUGGAGAGAAGCUACAGAACCAACUCGAAUGACAAGCCCGCGUAGGUGACCGAUGCAGGCUUCCAGCUGGGAGAGGCCAAGCUCCCACAGAGUGAGAUGUGAAGGCCCAUCAUCCCACUUUGCCUUUCUUUUGGUUUUACAUUAUUAAAACAAAUCAUAGAAUCACUAGGUUGGAAGGGACCCACUAGGUCAUCGAGUCCAACCAUUCCAACACUCCCUAAAGCAUGCCCCUCAGCACCUUAUCCACCCGUCCCUUAAUCACCUCCAGGGAAGGUGACUCAACCACCUCCCUGGGCAGCCUAUUCCAGUGCCCAAUGAUAUUUUCCGUGAAAAAUUUUUUCCUAAUGUCCAGCCUGAACCUCCCCUCAUGGAGCUUGAGGCCAUUCCCCCUUGUCCUGUCCUCUGUCACUUGGGAGAAGAGGCCAGGACCCUCCUCUCCACAACCUCCUUUCAGGUAGUUGUAGAGAACAAUAAGGUCUCCCCUCAGCCUCCUCUUCUCCAGGCUAAACAACCCCAGCUCUCUCAGCCGCUCCUCAUAACACUUGUUCUCCAGCCCCCUCACCAUCUUCGUUGCUCUUCUCUGGACACGCUCCAGAGCCUCAACAUCCUUCUUGUGGUGAGGGGCCCAGAACUGAACACAGUACUCGAGGUGCGGUCUCACCAGUGCCGAGUACAGAAGGAGAAUAACCUCCCUGGACCUGCUGGUCACGCCAUUUCUGUUACAAGCCAAGAUGCCAUUGGCCUUCUUGGCCACCUGGGCACACUGCUGGCUCGUGUUCAGUCAACUGUCAACCAACAGCCCCAGGUCCUUCUCCUCCAGGCAGCUUUCUAGCCAGACUUCUCCUAGUCUGUAGCACUGCAUAGGGUUGUUGUGCCCCAAGUGCAGGACCCGGCCUUAGGCCUUGUUAAACCUCAUGCCAUUGGUCUCAGCCCAGCAGUUCAGCCUGUUCAGGUCCCUUUGCAGAGCCUCCCUACCCUCCAGCAGAUCCACGCUUCCACCCAGCUUAGUGUCAUCUGCAAACUUGCUGAGGGUGCACUCAAUGUCUUCAUCCAGGUCAUUGAUAAAGACACUGAACAGAGCUGGACCCAGUACCGAGCCCUGG